AUGUGCGAGAGGUGUAACAGACGGACAGAGAGCACCAAGAGGCUGACCAUCCAGAGAUUCCCACAGGUCAUCGUCAUGCAUCUGAACCGGUUUGCCAUGUCACGGUAUAUGGUGUGUAGGAGUACAGUGUGUGUCUCCUUCCCUCUGACCAGCCUGGAUUUGGGGCCCUACGGACCGGUCGACUGUGGUCCCGUGCUGUAUGAUCUGUAUGCAGUGUGUAACCACAGUGGGACAGUCAACAUGGGCCACUACACAGCCUGUUGCCUGGAGGACGACGGAUCGGGAUGGUGCUGUUACAACGACUCCUGUGUGACUCCUAUAUCAGAGAACCAACUGCAGUCUGCUCAGGCCUACGUCCUCUUCUACCAACGCAGGAAGUGAACCAUCGGGCAGCCAAUCACUACAGCUGUAACUGCAAGCAUAGCAUUCAGCAAAACUGUUACUACAAGCAAAGCUUUCAGCAGCCAAUCGCUACAGCUGUUACUACAAAUGGAAUAUUACAAACGGCUGUGAUGUAGCGCUAUUGUAACCAAGCAACCAGCAUCUCAACCAACUGGUCUGAUGUUGGACUACUUGAGGAUUGAGUGAGUCUGGGACAAAGACAGCACAAAGGGGUAGAAAGACAGACGGAUGGAUAUGGAUAAUAGACGGCUUGGGUGAGGAGAGGAGAAAGAGGAGACCAGUGUAGGAGUGUUCCUAGCCAGCUCAGCUAGGAGUGUGUGUGUAGACCUUCAGUUCAAACAGACAGUUAUCACUGGACACACACACACACACACACACACACACACACA